AGUGGUUUCAUAUGAAAGGGGAGGGUGCUGUUUCUUCACAUGAAAUCAGUGAGAUCUUUUAUCAAAUCCACAGCUGGGUGCUGGUGGGCUCACACAUACUUUAAUAUUUGCAAAACGCGUUUCGUUCCUGUUUGUGGUUGAGGGCGGUCACUCUACCUCAGCAGUGCCUGUCAGUACUUGUAGCUUUGCGCAAAAGUACUCAUGUGAUCACUAUUCUUCUGUAAGUCUGCAAACUGCGCAUUUGAGGGGGCACUUUUCAUGCGCUCAUUUUCGGGCGCGUUUGUAGACAGAGAAUAAAAGGGGACUCUCUUUUCUCGGGACUUGUUGCUUUCUGAUCAGCCAUUGUGGACGUCGACAAAAAGGGGGAAGGUCUUGUUCAUCUACCCGCUGGACAGACUGUGAGCUGUAUGCGUGAAGGACACUGCUGUAUGAACAUUUGGAUGAACCAUGAAGCUGCCGGUCACACUGGGAUGUCUGCAACCAGGAAAGGAUUAAUAUAUUCUCCUGCUUUCCGAGGGGUUGUGAACGCGUCUUCGUUGUCAUUGUAGGCUUCACUUUUUUCCAUGUUUUCAGAUGUGACGGAACCCGAAAUGAGCGGAUAGAUAGAUCACUUGUUGCGGAGGUUUUGUGAUUGAAUACAGUCUAAAGAGGAGAGUCCUCGCAGCUCUGUGUUCUGUGAUCCUGUGCCGGAGGAAGUUGGCUGUUUUUUGUCAUCGCAUCUUGAUAACUCCACGAGUCUGAGCUGCAGUCUGAAGACCCAGGCAGCGCAUGAUGAAGAAGAUGGUAUCCAAACAACCGUGGAGUCUCUUCUUCCUCACAUUGUCGUCUUUAUUCUCUGUGGUACUGUGCAGCACAGGGGCAGAGGACCUGCAGGAGGAGGAGGACUUCAGUGCUGAGUCAUGGCUCCGUAAGUUCGGCUACCUGUCUCAGGCGAGCAGACAGAUGUCCACCAUGCAGUCGGCUCAGAUUCUGUCCAAAGCGGUGAGCGACAUGCAGCGCUUCUACGGCCUCCAGGUGACGGGAGAGAUGGAUGCAGCUACUGUUGCGGCCAUGCGGCGACCUCGCUGUGGCCUCCCAGACAGAAGAGCGUCGGAGAUUGACGAAGGAUCGAGGAAGAAGCGUUACGCUCUGACCGGACAGCAGUGGGACAGAGACCACAUCACUUACAGCAUCAUGAACCAGCACAUCCCGUCCUCGCUGGGUGAGGAGCGGGUGUAUGAUGCGAUCCAUAAGGCCUUUGACGUGUGGAGGAGGGUCACCCCGCUCACCUUCGAGGAGUUACCUGCUGAAAACAGCAUCAGCAUCAACAGCAGCCAGGCAGAGCUCGCAGACAUCCUGUUGUUGUUUGCCUCUGGUUUUCAUGGAGAUAUGUCACUGUUCGAUGGAGAGGGGGGCUCUCUUGCUCAUGCCUACUACCCCGGACCAGGAAUAGGAGGAGAUACACACUUUGAUGCUGAUGAGCCGUGGACUCUGGACAACCAAAACACAGAGGGUGUGGACCUCUUCCUGGUGGCGGUCCACGAGCUCGGUCACGCUCUGGGUUUGGAGCACUCAGAUAACCCCAGUGCUGUGAUGGCUCCUUUCUACCAGUGGACUCACACACACAACUUUACGCUUCAUGAGGACGACAUCAGAGGAAUACAGCACAUAUAUGGUCCUCCUCUUGUCACUAAUGCUCCUCCAACUUCUCCUCCUGCACCUGACGAUGAACCCAAGGAUGACUCCUUCACCUCCCCAUCUCCCCCUGAAGACGAGCCCACCUCCACUCCUCCAACCGACCCUCCACCCAAACCGACGGACAGCAGCCCACAUCCACCAGCCCGGCCUGAGACGAGCCCAGGCCCCACUUCACCUCCUGUUCUUUCCACCGUCACCCCCACAGACUCCUUACCUGAUCCAGAACCUGUCACCCCACACGUCAGAAAGGAUCCUGCGCCUCCUCCUCGGCCACCUGCUCCUCCGAAGGUGCCGGAAAACCAGGCCCCCGAUAUCUGCGACGGGGACUUUGACACAGUGACCAUGCUGAGGGGGGAGAUGUUUGUUUUCAAGGGUCGCUGGUUCUGGCGUGUGCGCAGGAACCGGGUCUUGGAUAACUACCCCAUGCCCAUAUCUGUGUUCUGGGUCGGCCUGCCGAGUGACAUUGACGCAGCCUACGAGCGCCAUGAUGGAAAAUUUGUCUUCUUUAAAGAUGAUAGAUACUGGGUGUUCAGGGAGGCUGACGUGCUGCCAGGUUACCCGCAGCCUCUACAUGAGUAUGGGCAGGGAGUUCCUGCACACAAGAUUGACACAGCUAUCUGGUGGGAGCCAAACGGGUACACAUACUUCUUCUCUGGAGACAGAUACUGGAGAUACAGUGAGGAGACCAGGUCUACAGACCGAGACUUCCCAAAGCCAAACUCCAGAUGGGGAAGGAUCCCCGACUCACCCAAAGGAGCCUUCCUCAGUGAAGAUGGAGCUUACACCUAUUUCUACAAAGGCACCAGUUACUGGAGGUUUGACAACCGCAGGACAGAGGCAGACAAAGGCUACCCUCGCUCCAUCUUGAAGGAUUACAUGGGCUGUGUUGGAGUCCCUGACCCAAAGCCUGACGUGGACCCUGAGCAGGAACCAAAAGACAAACCAGUCAACCCGUCAGACAGAGGCAAAGACGAACACAAAGAACCGGACUCGGGCGGAGAUGAAGAAACCAACCCUGAGGAAGACAAAACCCCUGACAGCACAGAGGAGGAGCAGGAGGAGGACAAAGAGGUGAAAGUGGUUGUGACUGUGGCCGACAAUGAAUCAAAAGUCAUGACUCUAGUCAUGGUGUGUGUUCCCCUCGUGCUCAUCCUGUGCAUCCUCGUUCUGAUCUACGGCAUCCUCAGGACUCUGCAGAACAAGGAGACACCAAGGGCUUUGGUGCACUGCAAGCGAUCUUUGCAGGACUGGGUGUGAGGCCCGAGUUUUAAGGGAUAGAACGGGUAUUCAUCAUUUUCUAGUACAGACGUUGGCGUCAACCUUUUUACUCGUGGCGCCGUGGAAAGAAGCCUUGACACAGUGCCUAGGUAUCAGAGAGCAGUGGAUGAGUCACUGUUUUUGGCCCUUAUACGCUGUGACACCUUUUAUUGCUCAUGUGAAAUAAUGUACAAGUGGUAAAGUGGGUGCCUGUGGAGCUACAGUCUGCUGGCCUUGAAGAUUUCCCCCUGUGCCUCCCUUUGUGCCUUCCAAACAUCUGAAAAUCAACCUCUCAGUCUUCUUACAUCACAGCAUUGUGUGCGUUAGAGUCACGCUCACACUUGAAAUGUCCACUUCUACCAAUUCUAAUUGCACAUAUUCGGUACAGCUGAUUUAGCCGUAGUUUCAAUGCAGACAAAGUCGAUAUGCACAUACAUUACUCUAAAGCAGAUGACUGCUUUCAGCUAUGAAAACAGAUCAAAUCCAUGCAUUGAUAACAAAAGCUUUUCCACACUGCAACAACUCGAAACAAAGCUUUUUGUCUUAUUUUCACCAAGAAAUAUCUCAGUAGAGUUGGUAUAAGUCACAUUCACUCGAUAAGUCCAAACCAAAGUUUUAUUUCAAGAUUACUAUAAGCAAAAAUAAGACCUGAGUGCUUUCAUUGAGUAAACUAAAAAUCUGCGAAUGGGGUAAGAAAAUAUUUGACUUUAGAAUAAUGUCUCGCCCAUAGACUGUAUAAAUAAUGGACGUAGUCCCCGUUACGUCACCCAUCUGUUCCUGAAGCGCUGUUUUGAAGCCAAUCAUCAGCGGAUGCCAUAUUAGAAAUGAUGAUCUCAACCUAACUUCUGUCAAGCUAGUGUGAGGUAAAGAGGCGGGCUUCACCUCAGCAAGGGCUUCAUAUUUUGAGACCAGAGGUUGCCGUUUGGUCUCGCCAUAUUGACCCGAGUAUGACACGUUUAUUUUCUUUGAAAUACAUCAGAAAAAAAGUAGGACUGUCUAAUAUUAAGGGUUUAGUAACUUAAUGUCAGAACAACAGACAGCCCCACUGAUCCCUAAAGCGAGUGUCCUCCUCUUGACUUUGGCCAGCUGUGACUCUGGGUGCCAGCGGGAUGAAAGACGAAGAGACACGGUAGACGAAGAGGCUACAAAAUAGAACGAGUCCCUGACAUCUGAGGCGGAGUUAUGAUGCCUUUCUUAAGAAACAGAUCUCAGAGUCUUUAAACAAAGAAAUAUGAUGUCACAAAAUGUAAUGACCUGAGAUAUCGAGAAAAGAACGUCUUAAAAUGCGUUUAUGUUCCUGUAAAGAGACUUAGAAUCAGGGUUGUCCCAUAUUCAGGGCAAUACAGUAAUUCAAGACACUUAACAAGUUUUGUUUACCCCACAGGCAGAAGUUUUACUCAUCACAAGCAGCUCUGGUCUUAUUUUUUACUCGUACUAUCUUGAAAUAAGAUGUUAAUCUGGAUUAAUCAGGGGAAUGUGUCUCAUAUUCAGUGUAUUGAGAUAUUUUGAGUUAGAAAUAAAACAAAAACACUUGCUUAGCUUUGAGUUUUUGCAGUGCACAUGCUUGACUAGGGUGCCUUAACCUAUCUAGACUUUUCUCUUUGUUCAGAGCAGAUAAUUUGCACUUUUUGUUUCUAGUUGUUGUCUUUGUUUUGCUGAAUUUGCUUUUCUGCAGAUUCAUCUGUGUAUGUUUGUAUAAAGCGAACCCUUCAACCUUGUUAAGGAGCUUGUUCUGUGACCUGCGUAGGAAUGUCAGACAGCUGUGUGUCCAUGACCACCCAUCUCCCACGGAGCCCAUUAUGUCUGCCCUCUCCCUCUCUCUCUGUCUCACACACACACACAUGCACACACACACAUGCACCAGUAUCACAUGAUGAAGAAAAAGAAAAACCCUGCUUCACUUGUUUUUGCGUGCAUAUCCACAUUUCAGACACACACACCAAGACUUCGAGACCACUCACCCAAACAAAGGCGCACAGAGUUUUGCACACAGACACUCGGGCUCCAGCCUCCCCUCCUCCCACCACAGCCACGAUAACUGCUCAGACUGCACCACUAAAAUCUCAAUCCCAGCGGAGACAUAUUGAUAUACGACUGGUGCCAGAGCUGACGUGAAAUACAAGAGUCAGGGGAUUUAUUUACAUUUAAUGAGAAGAGUUGAGAAUAGUUUUGGUCUUCACUACUUCUGUCUGUGUCAGCUCAACCUGUGAAGAGUGAACCCAAUGCGUUAUCUGUAUCUCCUGUAUCUCCUCUACUGUCUCCAUGCUAAAGCUUGAUUCAGUCAAAGCUUGUUGCAUUGUAAUGGACAUGGGAGAAGCCUGCAGGCUGGAGAGGAAUGGGUCAGGGUCUGGUUUCCAUUAAGCCCACAUGCUGCUGAUUUAGUACUGUCAGGCAUGAAGGGGGGGAGGGAGAGAAGGGAUCUGAGGAAAAAGAGUAUAAAAAGUGGUGGUGGGGAGUUUGGAGAAAUGAGAGAGAAACAGAUGAGGAGGGAGAGAAAGGGAGGGUGGGCUCUGCCAGAUUUUCCUUUACAGUGCUCUCUGGAAAGGAGGAGCGAGAGAAGGAAAUGGGGGAGGGAGGAUUUUGGGGAGGGGCAGUGCUGGCGUUGCGCCUCUUGACCUAGAUCGGGACACUGAGUCCACUCCUCCUUUUCAAGUCGUUUUUGCUUUAGUUUGUUACCAUGAGGUGAAGAUGACUUCCUUUGCUACCCACUCCUCUCUUCCUCUUUUCCUCUUCUUCUUUUUUUUUUGUUUUUCUGCUCUCAGUGUGUUGUUUUUUCUUUAUAGCGGUACCUUACUCCACUUUUGUGCUCCCAAAUGUGAUCAUUCGCCUCUCCACUCUUCUGUAAAGUGAACACAAACAUAACAAAUGUACCCAAUGCAGAUACAAAGCUGCAGAAACAGACUCAAACUCUGAUGUGUCCAAGAACUCACAGCUGUAUGUUUGUUUGUACAGACACGAACCAGUCUCACGCUCCGAUCAUUACCCUGUCCUUCAGGUUUGUGCCUUUAGUUUGUGUCCUUCAGAUUUCAGUGUGCCUUGUUUUAUGUGAAUAUUAGGGGGCAUUUUUUUUUACUAUAAAUAGCAUGAGGGAAAGUUUUUCAUUUUUUCUACUCAAUCUGUCAUCUCUAGUUUUGUAAAUUUUGUUUCUGUUCAGAUUUUUGUAACAAUAGCAUACAGUAGAUUUUUAUGACCAUGUUGAUGCAUGCAGGGCAUGUUAUGUUAAACCUGUGCACUCCUGUGUAGAGUACAUUAAAGAUCUCACAAUAAAACUCACAGGUAAAAGCAAA